AAAACACUAUACAACAACCCGCAGACUGUACCAGACAAUCAGCUUUUAUUAGCAAAAGGGCUGUUAGAUAUCUACGGACAGAAAAGAACGGCUACUAGGAGUGGUGAUUUCUUGAUGGCCGACUGCAAACUAACAGCUAGACCCAAGAACAGUGGGGAGUAUUGUAAGAAGAAACGCGAGGUUGGAAAGGUAAAAUCAUCGUCGCAGGCUAUGCGAUGUAGUGGAGGACUUUGCCUAAAACGUAAGUUUCUUAAAAGAGAACGCAGGACUACCUACUGUGCGUGUGAACCCGGAGAAACCCUCUGCGUUGAGUGUUACGUACUACAUAGAAUCUCAAAAAUGUAAAAAAAAUCAAUCAAAAUUCGACUUCAAAGUGCGAAACGGAAAUGGUUCUCUACGCGCACUAUUACGCUGUAUUUCAAAUCCGUCUUCUCUAGCACGUUCGGAAUGUAUAUGAG